GGUUACCACAUGUAGUCACAAACAUUGGUUCAGAGAACAAGUUGGGACUCACAGCAAGGACUAAGGACUAAAAAACAAGACGUUAGUACCUACUAUCUACAAACUAACAAAACAACCAACUACAAACCUACUCCUCCAGAUCUAACUACACAGACAAUAUGGAAUUUGAAUCAAACUGCUGUCUAAUGAAGAACACCUCUGACAGUGUAGCAUGGAGCUCCAAGCUUCCCCAUGGUCUGGAUGUGGAGAUAUCCCAUCACCCCAGAACCCUGCGCUGUGUGGUCAACCUCAUCAUCGCCAUGGAGAGGAUAAAUGGUGGCAAGGCGGUUACCCUGGGAACCGAAUUCAGGGAUGAGGACCUGUUCAACUUCUUGCUAGAGAGCGCAAUGGAAGAACACACAGUGAUAGAGUUGGAGUCGAUGCCCACAGAGCGAGGUGACGCCAGCAGGAGCGCUUCAGGGUUCAGCAGUACAGGAGAGUAUGAGUGUAGUGUCACUGACUCUGAGAAUAAGUGCUGGGUGCUGAACAGUGGGUCUAUGGAGCUGCAUGCCAUCAUGCUGCAGGGAGGCAGUAGCUACCAUAAAGUGCAUUUGAACCUGUCUACAUACGUGACGCUCGUCCCCAGUGACACUGAAGCCAGACCUGUCGCCCUUGGCAUCAAGGGAUCUAACCUCUACCUUUCCUGCCAAACAUCAGAUGGCACGCCCACCCUGCGGCUGGAGGAGGUGGUGGACAAGGAGCAGCUGAAGUCCAUCAACCGUCAGAGUGACAUGGUGCGUUUCCUCUUCUACAGACGGGACACCGGAGUUGACGGGAGUACCCUGGAGUCUGCCCAGUUCAGGAACUGGUUCAUCAGCACGGCCCUACAGCAGGACAACACCAAGCCGGUGGAAAUGUGCCAGAGGGCAACCCCCAACCGCUUCACCACCUUCACCAUCCAGCGCCACAACUAGGGUGGCUGCCGACACUGACACCACACCAGUCAGGGCCUCUCAUAGAGAUCCUAUAUAAUUCAAUAUGGAUUCUAUAUGUGAUUCUAUGGGGCCUCUGUGGUCAGGACUGGGUUGCCACUGUGUUUACGUCUAAAGGUUAGGUGUAUGUUUGUAAGACACAAUAACUACUUCACGUUGUAUGCAUGCAUGUACUGUAUGUAUGUAUGUACUGAGUACAGCAAUUCAUCAUUGGGAUGUAUAGAUUUGGUCAAGGUUUACCACAAGAUGGCGCCGUUGGGUCAGAUUAUUGUAAGCGCCCCUGCUAUUUAUUGUAACGUAUUUAUUGGUGAAAGCCAAAACGAACGUAUUACUUACUGUAAUUAUAUUUCUACUAAUCAUAAUAUUGUUAUACUAUUUAUUCAUGUAUUUAUAUUUCAGUGAUUAUACUUAUUUAUUUGUCAAUCUGUUGAUGUUGCACUUAUUCAUUCAUGCAAACAUUUGAAUUGUCCAAUGCGCUCUUUUUAAUAAAUAUUCAAAU